GCUACUUAUAAUGAGUCAAGAUGAUAUAAAUAAAGAGAAAGUAUCGUAUUUGUUGAAGUUGUUGGGGAAGUCCCAUUUGUCGCUGGACCCAGAUUCUGAUUUUGAGGACAUUCCGGAUAGUUUGACCAUGAUGUUAACGGCCCCAGCGAUUGAAGCAGAUACUUUGAUUACCCCAACUACCCAAGCACAAAAUGAAGUUGAGAGUACUAUUAGAGAGAUCUAUGAAGAUUUGGUGGACGAAGCAUCCAGGGAAUCCAGAAAUAUCAAGAAUGAUAGCUUGAACACUAAGAAACUUUUAAAGUAUCUUGAUAAAUCAUUGAAUGAGCCAAUGAAUGAAUUAUAUUACCCAUAUGACCCCAACCAUGGUUGGAUGCUUUACUGGUUGAUAAAUCCUUACUAUGUUUUAAAAGAAUCAAACACUCUCGAUGAAUCUACCAAGAAAUUGGCAUCAGAUAAAAUACAAAAAAAUUUAAUUAAUAACGGUUAUGAAGGAAUUGGCGGAGGGAAAAACCAAUUAGGCCAUAUAGCCAGUACUUAUGCUUCAAUUUUAACUCUUGUUGUAAUUGGAGACUAUAGUACUUUGAAAUCAUUACAAAAACCAAUAUAUGAUUGGUUAAUGAGUUUAAAAUUGUCAAAUGGCUCCUUUUUAAUGCAUAAACAAGGUGAACAUGACGCAAGAUCAACUUACUGUGCUUUGGUCAUUGCUUCUUUAUUGAACGUAUUAACAAAAGAACUUUGCGAAAAUACCUUAUCCUGGUUAAAUAAGUGCCAAACUUAUGAAGGGGGAUUUUCUGGUAUACCUGGAACUGAAGCUCAUGGGGGGUAUACUUUUUGCUCAGUGGCAAGCUACUUUCUCUUGUUAGGUUCUAGUGAUGACUUUGGCAAAGAGUUGGCUGAAAAUAUCGAUUUGGAUCUUUUAAUAAGUUGGGUCUCACAUAGACAGCUACAAUUGGAAGGAGGAUUCAAUGGCAGAUCGAAUAAAUUGGUCGAUGCCUGUUAUAGUUUUUGGAUUGGUGCAGUGGGGCAGCUUCUAGAACCGGUAUUGAAUAUAGAAUCUUUAUUCGAUAAGGAUGCUUUAAAAUGUUAUAUUUUGAAUUGUUCCCAAAAUUCAGUUAAAGGUGGAUUUAGAGAUAAACCUGGUAAAUCAGUUGAUUUCUAUCAUACUAAUUACACUUUACUAGGCUUGAGUAUAACUGAACAUUCAUUAAGUUUCCCAGAAACUUCUGGGCUCGAUUAUGAUUCUUUUGCUUUCAAUUUUCAAUCAAAAGAUUUGGAAUCAACUUCUUCAACAAACCCAAUAAAUCCAGUCUUUGGUUUACCCCUCGGCGUUGCUGAAGCUUGUAAAUUACAUUUACGAAAUUAA